AUGGGCAGUGAGCGCAAUGGAGAGAAGAGCGCCGCCAAUGGCAGCAGUGCGUCACCAGCGAAGCAGCCUCGUCCGCCUCGAUGGACGGGUGACGCCGCCCCGCUCUCAUCUCCGGCACCCCGGCGGCGACCAACGCUUCAAAGAGCGAGAGCGCUUCCACCGAACACCAUGGCUUCGGUGGCCACAUCGACCUCAUUGCAGCCUUCUGCGCUGCCGAAUGGCCUGCCGCGCCGCAGGCACUCCCCCGUCUUCUGGGGUGCCUUAAAAGAGGCGCUCCUCUACGCCGGUCCGCUGGGCGAGGCCGUUGGCACAGUUCCUGUGGGUUCCGUCUUACUUGAGGGGUCUCGAUACCGCGACGUGUUUGGCGGCUGGUGGAUCAGCACUCGGUGCGACGAUGGCACGCUAGGGUGGAUCGCCUACUCAGACUCGAUUGAAGCGACAACGACUGAGGAUGCCGGCGCUGCACCAUUUUGGCUCCGCGUGUACGACACCCGUGCCACCCCCGCUGCGGCCUCUGACAGCGUCGAGGCGCCGUCCCCGCGAGCUGCGCUACCGAGUACGCAGGUUUGCUGGCACAGCGUCCUGCCGUCUGUUUCCUGCGCAGACUUCUCUCGCACUGCAGCAGCUCAUUUUCUCUUUCGCGAUGCGGAGCUGUAUGCCUACUACUGGGACACGAUUCAUCCCGGAGAGAGGGUAGCGCGGGAUUGGAACUUUGAAUACCAACGGGCGGUGGAGCUGCGCUGGCUGGGGGCGGACUUUUUCCCCCCCGCUGCGCCCACCUCUUCUAUUCUUUCUUCAGCGCCACCUGAGGCAGCACGGCACGCCCAACUGGACGCGCUCAUUGCCGCGUUUCGGUCUGAGGUUGAGCGCAUCGUAGUGCAGAUAUGGAAGGAGGCGACGAUGCCGCCGCCGAGCCGCCAGGUUGCGGCACACCCGCAAUUUCCCGAUCAAGUGUACUUCGAUGGCGGUAUUCUGCUGCGGCGCUGCGUGGACACGGCGGAUGGCGUCCUCGGUGGCGAUGAGAUGGCGAUGAAAUGCGGGCACGCCAUCUAUCGACACCAGGAGAUGCUGGCUGUUGUGGCACCGCGACACGUUCUUCACGUGCCGCUUCACGCCUGCUGCACGUUUGGUGGCUUUUCCUUUUUGUGCUCUACGAUUCCUCCCUAUGGGUCGGCAAACCUGGUGGCGGGUGAUAGCAACAUGUUUGCUGCCGCGGGUGAUGACGACACCCUUUCUGCUUGCACGCCAACGCCGCCAUUGCCGCGAUCGGCGCUUGUCUCUGAGCUCCUGAGGAGUCUUGGUGAUGCCCUUGGCUUCGAGGGGGGCGACGUGCCGCGGGAGUGGCGUGUGUACGCAGGACGCGACCGCCGGCUAUACUUGUCGCAGACCCACCGCCUUCUUCCACCCGUGUUGCCUCUGCACCGCGCGGACCUCUCUCUCGCCGUGCUAUCACCGCUAUCAAAGACGUCGGACGAGCUGGUCGGCCCCUCACGUGCCUCGUCUUUAUACGCUAGCUUGCUGUGCUAUCGCGUCCGACCGGAGGUGUUCGUCCGAUGGCAGACGCGAUGGCACCCGAACGAGUGCGUCUGCACGUCACAGGAGUCGGCGACGCGAGCCAGUACUGCACACGCGUGCAGAUCGGCGGCACUUGCGUCCCAGUCCUAUGCGGCAGGCACGUGGAUCAGGUCAGAGGGCAUCACACGUGUGGCCGGCACCCUCGGGUUUCAACUCCCCGUGGCCGCACCUCUGCUCCCUGUCGAGCCCUGCAACUCGUGCCACGGCGAAAUCGACGCCAACGAACUACGCUUUGUGGUGUGCACAAAUCCGUUGCAGUGCUGCCGUGUGUGCAUGCACUGCUACACGCGACUGGUACUAGGGCAUGCAAGUGGAGAGGAUGCUCCUGUCGACCUACUGGGGCAGGCUUGCCCCACUGCGGUGCGGUGCGCGGCAGGUUACCGAAAAGCGGGCAGCUUUCUCAUGGUUCCGACGCUGAGUGAGCUGAUGCACGCGAACGGCCUUAACCUGCGAUACCUGGCGUACGUUCUGCAUCGUUUACCGCAGACAACGCGAGCUGCAGUCGAGCACUGGUGCCAAGUGGAGAUGGUCGCGCGAACGGCGAAGCACCUCCUGCAGCACGAUCUCCGCAGCGCCACCACCCCACUAGAAGCACGGGCGACUUGCGAAGCUUUGUUGACCUCACUUCUGCAGCCAACGGGUGCUGCCUCAGAGCGAUUCUGGCGCACUCGCUUGGGGCCAGCGCUCCAGUCGCGCUUCCUCGGAAUGUGCGAGCCCUUUCACCUCUCCGUGCACGCGCUACGACUGGUCGCCGAGCGCGUUGCCGCGUUGGCCGGGGUGACCUUGUCGGAGUCGUGCUUGUCUUCCUUGGCAUCGCUUUCUGCGCCGACGAAUCCAAAGACAGUACGUCGGCGAACCGAUAGCGAGACUGGCACGGACAGCGGUGAGGCAGGCUCUCUAAGCACUGCGGCGGCAACGGAGACCGGCGGUGCUUUCGUUGAAAUCCAACACAUUGCACCGCUAAUUCGCGUGUUCCCAGCACCGCCCAUGGAGCCACUGAUGCCAUCACCACCCGCGUCAGAGGAUGUAGGUGUAGAGAACAGCCCGCAAGGGCGUUCUCUCGUUAAGCGCCGCGCUGAGCGCCUUCUGCUGUUCUGGAUUGGGCACACCCCGGAAGGGGCAGAUGACGCGCAGCAGCCGUUUUACCUGGGCGAGUCAGUGCUGCACAUGGCCCUCCAGUAG